CAGCCAGCAAAUGAGCGACUCGGCCAGCUCACUCCUGAGCUAACCUUCCUCUCUAGGACAGCAUGAUGCUCAAGUCUGUCACAGAAAGCUUUGCCAACAUAAUCCAUGGCUUGAAAGUGGGACACCUGACAGAUCCUGUUAUUCGAAGGAGCAAGAGGAUGAUUCUGGAUACUCUGGGCGUGGGGUUCCUGGGAACCAAUACAGAAGUGUUUCACAUUGCCAGCCAGUACAGUAAAAUCUACACUUCCAGUGUAUCCAGCACUGUUUGGGGUCAGCCAGACAUCAAGCUCCCACCUACAUAUGCUGCUUUUGUUAAUGGAGUGGCUAUCCACUCAAUGGACUUUGACGAUACGUGGCACCCUGCCACACACCCUUCUGGGGCUGUCCUUCCUGUCGUCACAGCUUUAUCAGAAGCCCUGCCUCAGAGUCCAAAGUUUUCUGGCCUUGAUCUGCUGCUGGCUUUCAACAUUGGAAUUGAAGUCCAAGGCCAAUUAAUGCAUUUCUCCAAGGAAGCCAAUAACAUACCAAAGAGAUUCCAUCCCCCCUCGGUGGUAGGAGCUUUGGGUAGUGCUGCUGCUGCAUCCAAGCUCCUAGGGCUCAGCCUGACCAAGUGCCAAGAGGCUCUGGCUAUUGCCGUUUCUCACGCCGGGGCGCCCAUGGCAAAUGCUGCCACCCAGACCAAGCCCCUUCAUGUUGGCAAUGCUGCCAGGUUUGGGGUAGAAGCUGCUUUUCUGGCAAUGCUGGGUCUUCAAGCAAACAAGCAGAUCCUGGACUUGAAGGUUGGAUUUGGGGCCUUCUAUGACAAUUAUUCCCCCAAAGUCCUUCCAAACCUGGCUACCUACACUUGGCUGCUGGACCAGCAGGAUGUUGCUGUCAAGCGAUUUCCUGCCCAUCUGGCUACCCACUGGGUAGCUGAGGCAGCCGAGUCUGUGCGAAAGCACCUUGUAACAGACAGAGGCCUGCUUCCCAUUGACCACAUCCAGAGAAUUGUGCUCAGAAUUCCGGAUGUCCCAUAUGUCAACAGGCCCUUCCCAGACUCAGAGCAUGAAGCUCGUCAUUCCUUCCAAUAUGUGGCCUGUGCCAUGCUACUUGAUGGUGAUGUCACGGUCCCAUCAUUCCACCAUUCCCAGAUCAACAGGCCACAGGUGAGAGAGCUGCUCAAGAAGGUAGAGCUGGAACACCCCCUGGACAACCUGCCAAGCUUCAACACCCUGUACUGUGAGGUGAGCGUCACCCUCAAGGGUGGAGCCACCUUUACCGAGCGCUGCGAUACCUUCUAUGGUCACUGGAGGAAACCACUGAGCCAGGAGGAUCUACAGAAAAAGUUCAGAGCCAAUGCCUCCAGGACGUUGCCCAACGACACAGCAGAAAGUAUUGUAAAGGUAGUAGAAAAGCUGGAAGACCUAGAGGACUGCUCUGUGUUGACCUCACUUCUGAAAGGAUCUUUUCCCCAGAGGCCUCUUCAAAACUAUUCAGCCUAUGAUCAUUCCAUCCGCAAUCUCUCCUGAGGCGUAUCAACCUCUAAGCGAUUUGGCAUUUGGAAGGAAGCAGCGAGGAUCUGCUGCUUGGUCUGCCCAGGAAUAUCUGUUACAAAAUACAGAGACACCAGAAAGAGAAUUACCUGAAAGGAAUCUUGUCCAUUAAAUUCUGCAGGAUAGUUCAAAUUAUCCAAAAUCAAGAAAAUAAAUAUCCAAGAAACACAGAAAGGUCGAUUUGAAAAGUAUUCUUAAGGGUGAAAUUCGAGUCACCUGUGGCUUGCCUGUAAAAUUAAUCUUUUCAGAGGAAUUAUUUAUGAACUUCAUGAACCUCAAGGCUAGAGAAGGUGGACUUCGUAUUUGCUGUCAAUGAAGAGCUCAGAUCUAUCACGAUAACAGAUUGCCGAGACUGUGGUUCUUAUCAACCACUCCAUAGUGUGAUGGACAUGCUUGCUUCUGCAGACUGUAUGCUCUAGUUAAAAAAGACUCUGAACUUUGUUCAUGUUUAUUAGCUUUAUUCCUGUCUAGUUUACAUAUCAUUAAAUCAUCCAUUUCAAGUACUUAUUUGUCUGUUUUACUAAGUUUCAUGAAGUUGAACAAACAUCACCAUAAUCCAA